AUGGAUCAAAACGCGCUUGAAAACAUGACUUCUGCUGGCAAUAUACUGACUAACGGGAUUAUCGAGCAAGAAAGUCUAUCCGAACAUAAUAAAACUGGAGUUUCCUCUUCACCAGCAGAAGAAAAAGGAGCGAAAGACACUCAAUCAAAUGCUUCUACAAACGAAAUCGUACAGGUUAUGAAGAUAGAUUUGGAAAAACCAGCUCAAAAGCUACCACGUAAAGAAUGGCGGCAAUUCAAAAAGAAACAAAGAAAAAAGCUCAUUAGAAUUGAAGGUGCAAAGUUUCAUCAGCGGCAGCAAGUUGAACAAGAAAAACAGGACACAGAUACAUUAUCUACCGAGAUUAUGAAAAAGGCGAAUGAAGCCGAAGAGAGAAAAAGGAACGCUGAAAGGAUACUAUGGGAAGUAAAAGAACGGCAGAUUGAAAAACAGAAUGCCGAACGGCGGGAGAAUUGGGCAAAGACUGUAAAGAGCAUCACAAUAAAAAAACCCAAAUUAUCCUCUGAUUCAAGCUCAAAUCCUACGGAUUUUUUAACGAAUAAGGAAACAAAUGAUGAACAAUUAUGCUCGUUUUACCUUAAAACUGGAGCUUGUCGUUAUGGCGAUCUUUGUGAUCGAUAUCAUCCGUACCCUGAAAAAAGUGUUACUAUCUUAGUCAGAAAUAUGUAUGUGGGAAUGCCAGUACAAUUAGCUGACGAAGAAAAUGAUGAUAACUUGGAGUUUGACGACGAGGAGGCGGAGCGUCAUUAUUUUGAAUUUUUUGAGGAUGUUCAUUCGGAAUUUCUUUCACAUGGCAAGAUUGUACAGUUCAAGGUAUGUAGUAAUUUUCAGCCUCACUUGCGCGGUAAUGUGUACGUACAAUAUGAAAAAGAGGAAGAAGCCGAACGAGCAUUAGAAUCAAUACGUGGAAGAUGGUAUGCUGGGAAACAAUUAAUUGCAGAGUAUUGCCCGGUGACAAAAUGGAAAUCUGCUAUUUGUGGUGUUCAUGAAAGAAACAAAUGUCCCAAAGGAAUCCAUUGCAAUUUCUUGCACGUUUUCAAAAAUCCUCGAGGUUUAUACAAGCAAACGGAUUUAGAUUAUGAAGUUCCACAUAGGCGGAAAUCAGAUUCUUUUUCAAUUAAUAAUACCAACUUGACAACAAAUGGUCAUUAUAAAAAUAAAACCGAUUUUCGUCCUAAGGGAUCAGCAUCUCCAACAUAUAUGCCGAUGUCACCAGAAUAUACUCCAAUUUAA